GUCGAGAGCUGAAUUGCCGUUCUCGAGCUUCCCGCGCUACCCCCGCCGACAAAAACAAUCAGAGCUUGCAAUUGGAGGCCAUUGCCCCGACUCCACGAUGACGCUCUACUACACUCUUGUGUUUGGCCUUCUAAUGGCCGAGAUGGGCCUGUUUAUGCUGUUGCUUAUUCCCCUCCCGUUCAACAUCAAGCGGAGGAUCUUUACCUUCAUUUCCGAGAGCCCAUUGAUCGCCAAAGUACAGUACUGGAUGAAGAUUACCUUUGUCUUCAUCCUCAUCCUCUUCGUCGACAGCCUCAACCGCGUCUACCGUGUGCAGCUUGAGGUUAUGGCUGCGCACGAGCAGGGCAUUAAGGGAAACGCUGCCGCUGUCAUGGGAUCCGAGCGUCUCGAAGUCCAGGCCCGCAAAUUUUACUCUCAGCGCAACAUGUACCUCUGCGGCUUCACGCUGUUCCUCUCCUUGAUUCUCAAUCGCACCUACGUCAUGAUCCUUGAAGUCAUGCGUCUGGAGGACAAGCUCAAGACCUACGAGGGCACCAGCAAGAACACCAAGGAGAGCGAGAAAUUGGCUGUCGCCGGCAAGCCCGGCGAGCUUGCUGCUCUCAAGGAGAAGCUCGAGAAGAAGGACCAGGAUCUCCAGAACCUCAAGAAGCAGGCCGAGCAGCUCAACAAGGCCUACAAUGAGCUCAGCGACAAGUACGCUGCUACUCAGGUUGAUGGUGAAAGCCGAAAGAGCAGAUAAGCCAUGGAAUCAUGUGCUUUGCAAAAAAUUGAUGUUUGUGGACGAAGACUGAAUCUUUCAGUGGCAAACAAAUUGAUCAAAUCCACAAAGAAGUGAAAUGAGGUGGAAUUAUUCCAGCCGAUCCGUCGGCUCUUCCGGUUUUAGGACACUACUUAUCACACUGUUGCGGACAGCUAAGGAAGAGCAAAUUUAUCUGGCUGAAUGGCAUAGAG